CAUUUUGCAUCUUUAUUGCAGGCACUUGAUACUUUCAACACUGCUAUUGUAUCACCUAUCUACUAUGUGAUGUUUACAUCAUUAACCAUUUUGGCCAGUGUGAUCAUGUUUAAGGACUGGGAUCGGCAAAAUCCAACACAGAUUGUCACAGAAAUGUGUGGGUUUGUGACUAUUCUGUCUGGGACGUUCCUUCUUCACAAAACCAAGGACAUGGUGGAUGGUCCAUUGAUCUCCCGCCUCUCUCUCUCUAAGCACUCAGAUAUGGAUGGGUUAGAUCCUGAAGGCAUCCCCCUUAGGUGCCCAGAAUCUUUGCGGUCGCCGUAAUACGUCGUUAAUUUAUCUUGCUUUCUUUUAUACAUUUUGGGGGAGGCACCUGAUUGUCACCAACCUGUACUUCAAAUAUUUGAUCAACACGGUCAUAUAUUUUCUGGUACAAUUAGAAGGCCAGGAGGGUUUCUUGGAUCAAAUGGGACGAUAGCUUUUGGCAAAGGGUUGUACCCUCCAAGUUUUCCCCACGGCUUGUGAGGUAUUUCUGCAAAUGUAAUUCUGAGCAUGUUGGUGAUAAAUAGUGUAUUUUAGAUUUUGAAAUGUUUCAAGAAUCCAUGAUAUUUUUACGGGGAAAAAAAAAAAGAGAAAUUGUUGGUGAACAAAACAUGUGCAGCGAUUCUUUUAGGAUAUGGUCCUCAAGAAUUAUUGUUGA